AUGAUUACUCAAAAUCCAAAUCUACCCGAGCUUCAGAACCCAAGCCUUCAUGUACCAUCCUCCUCCUCUGUCUUUGAUCCUCCUAUGCCUGGAAGGCUUACUCCAACUCCUGCUGACCUGCUGACACACUCAGAUCGAAUUUUUGCUGUAGGAGCUUGCUUGGCCUCCUAUGGCCCAAAAACGACUUGCCUAUUUGUAAGACUAUCUUUCUACGGCUCCUAUUUUGACUACAUAUCAGCUUGGAACAAGAAGGUCAGUGAUGAAAAUGUACUCGUCGUAAUAUACGAAGAGCUGAAAAAAAACAUGUCUGAAGAAAUUAAGAAAAUUGCCAAGUUCUUGAAUUUCACACUUACUGACGAGCAGAUCCAGUCAAUAUGCAGUAUGAGUACGUUUAAAUCAAUGAAGGAAAACUCUAUGAAUACUCAUGGUGAAAUGGGCAAUAUUUUAUUCAGGAAAGGUGACAUUGGUGACUGGAAAAAUUGUUUGACUGAAGAACAAAGCAAGGCUGUAGAUGACAAAUUUGAGAAGCACCUUGCAGGAACAAAGAUCGGAGACCUUCUGAAAUAUGAUGAAUAUUGUAAAUGAAUGUACAAAGGGAAA